GUUGAAAAUUCUUGCAGGGCACAAUCAGGAUGACACAGAAAUCAACUCUGAUCGGAGACGCGUGUGCAACAAGAUUCUAGAAGUUCCAGCUUGGAGUAGGAUGAAGAGAUCUCAGGCCAGAGAACAAGUUUAUUUACCAUUUCCAGUAUCAGUACAACGUAUCAAAAACACAAGAAAUAACUUUUCAUCGCUCAGUUCACCACCAGUCACACAGCCAGAGGCUGAGGAGGAAGGUCUCACUCGGCAUUGGCUGCCUGAGGCAAGUCUAGAAGGCAAAGAUCUCAAAACCCUGUACUCCCGGAGGGCAGGUGUCGCAGCCCUGGGUUCCGGACGCCGUCUUGACAGUUUCAUCCCCGCCCACAGGCAGGAGAGCGCCUGGCCAAGCAGCACGCUGGCGCGCAGGGGGCCAUAAAAGCAGCUACGGCGGCGUAGAGACGCGGAGCUUGCACACUGCCUGCCAGGGCGAUCUGUGGCCACACCAUGCAUGUGAACGGCAAAGUGGCGUUGGUGACCGGUGCUGCGCAGGGCAUAGGCAGAGCCUUUGCAGAGGAGCUGCUGCAUAAGGGCGCCAAGGUAGCGCUGGUGGAUUGGAAUCUUGAAGCAGGUGUAAACUGUAAAGCUGCCCUCGAUGAGCAGUUUGAACCUCAGAAGACCCUGUUCAUCCAGUGUGAUGUGGCCGACCAGGAACAAUUGCGAGAUACUUUUAGAAAAGUUGUGGACUACUUUGGAAGAUUGGACAUCUUGGUCAAUAAUGCUGGGGUGAAUAAUGAGAAAAACUGGGAAAAAACACUGCAGAUUAAUUUGGCUUCUGUUAUCAGUGGAACCUACCUUGGUUUGGAUUACAUGAGUAAGCAACAUGGAGGUGAAGGUGGCGUCAUUAUUAAUAUGUCAUCUUUAGCAGGACUGAUGCCUGUGGCACAACAGCCAGUUUACUGUGCCUCAAAGCACGGCAUAAUUGGAUUCACACGCUCAACAGCGCUGGCUGCUAAGCUGAUGAACAGUGGUGUGAGAAUGAACGCCAUUUGCCCGGGCUUUGUCAACACACCCAUCCUUCAAUCCAUUGAAAAAGAAGAAAACAUGGGGCAGUAUAUAGAAUACACUGGGUAUAUCAAGGACAUGAUGAAAUGCUACGGAAUUUUGGAUCCAUCAAUGAUUGCCAGUGGGUUAAUAACACUCAUUGAAGAUGAUGAUUUGAAUGGUGCCAUCAUGAAGAUCACAACGUCUAAAGGAAUUCAUUUUCAAGACUAUGAUACAGCUCCGUCCUUUGCAAAAGAUAAAUGAACAUGUUAGAUACCAGCAGUAACUGAAAAUGAAUGCAAAUGACUUAUAUUAAAUACGUAUUUUCACUGAAAUGUAGCUCUUUAAAUGAAAUGCUACAGCCUGAAGCUUUCCUUCCUACAGCUGUUAACUUUUUCUUUAUAAACAGAUGAAUCUACAGAUAACAAUUUAUGAUAAACUAGCAAAAGUAUAAUGCAAACCCAAACAAUGUUAUUGUAUUCAGUAU